UGGUAAAGGAUUUAUAUUCAUGCGCGUAUAAUAAAUGAUUGAUGUCUGAAACACAGAGUAUAGACAUGUGUGGUAUUAUACUAUUUUAAAUUAACAAUGGAAUUGCAAAGAUCAGUACUUGCAUAUCUGGGAGCUUGUUAAUGUGCAAGCAAGUUUUUGUAUUAAUGCAGGACAUUCAAUUGUUUUGAGGCUUGAAGCACUGCAACGCACUAGGAGGCUCAAGCUUGAUUUGGUGGAGGUAAAUUUUUUAGGUCUUUUUCCAUGCUAUCUGAGAAUUCAAAUGCGUAAACAGAAGCACUGAGUUGAAAUGGGCAAUGAACAAAAUAUUUUAGUAUGCUGAAGGCUUUAUUGAUUUUGGCUAUAUUUGUGGAACUAUUAAAGUAUUGUGUGAGGGUUGGACUUUGAGUCUUCAAUCUUAAGAUGAGGAAGAGAGACUUUGUCUAAUUUCAUUUGGCUAUAAAUUUUGAGCAAAAAUAAGAAGCUCUAUUUUCUUUCAAUGAAAAGAAGUAUCUCUCAUAUUUGGGCUAUAUACUUAACUUAUAUAAUGGUCACCUCACCUCUUUGCUGACAUAUAAUUUUUGUUUUUCUCAGAAACUCUGAGCACUAUGUUUAGCCUUGUAAAAAAGAAUAUGGGUAGAAUGGUUAGAUUCAGCACAUAAGAACGGUUCUACUGGCAUUCAUAAAUUAUACUAUGUAUAUUAGAUUUGUUUUUCUCAAAUCUUUCACUGCAGCCUCUAUGAUUUUGAUAAUGUUGUGCAAGUUCAGAAAAAUGCAAAACCAUCUGAUCUGCAAAAUUAUGGACUACCACAAGGAAAAGUACAAACAGAAAGAAAGGGAAAAGGAGUGUGCUAAUUGCAAGGCACCAUGUGCUUGCUGCUGUUUACUAGUAGAAAUUAUAGAUGAAGAUUAGGAUUUUGUAAAAGAAUAGGAGGGUAUAAUUUAAUAUUUUGUACCUAUUUUUGUUACUCUAAUUUAAAAAGAUAGUUCUCAUGUAUAUGAGUUGUUUUAAUGUUAUUUAUUGUGUCGCAUAAUUCAUAUAGCCGACGUCACCUAAUAGGAUAAGGUUUGUUGUUGUUGUUUUAAUAUAUUAUUUAUCACAUGCUGUCAGAGUUGAGUUUGAGAAAAAGGGGUGGCAAGGAAAUGUGCUUUUUCACAAAUGCUGAAUUAUAAGACCUGAAGAUGAAAGCAGAUGUGGUUAAAAAAAUAAUGGAGAAGGGCUACCCAGUGAAGGUGUGGGCAUCACAUAGAAGCAUGCAAAGUGUUCAAUAAAAUGGAGGUGAGAAAUCUGUACUCAUGGAAUAGUAUGCUUUCUGGGUAUGUUAAAUUAGGGAUGAUAAAUCAAGCUAGAAGAUGGUUCGAUGAAAUGCCUGAGAGGGAUUGUAUAUCUUGGAAUACAAUGGUCAUUGGUUAUGCACAGAAUGGGAACUUUGAUGAGGCUUUGGGGUUUUAUAGACAGUUGAGAAGAUUGUCUAUAGGCUAUAAUGAAUUUAGUUUUGCAGGUGUCUUGACCGCCUGUGUGAAAUUGAAAGAAUUUGAACUUUCAAGGCAGAUCCAUGGGCAAGUUUUAGUUGCUGGAUUUUCAUCCAAUGUGGUUAUAUCAAGUUCACUUCUUGAUGCAUAUGCAAAGUGUGGUGAAAUGGAAGAUGCUAGGAGGUUAUUUGAUGAAAUGCCCCUCAAGGAUGUUUUUGUGUGGACUACAUUAGUUUCAGGUUAUGCCAAUCAGGGGGAUAUGCAAUCAGCUACUGAACUUUUCCAUCAGAUGCCUCAAAAGAAUUCUAUUUCAUGGACAUCUUUGAUUGGCGGUUAUGCCAAAUUGGGUUUGGGUCAUGAAGCACUUGAAGUUUUUAGAAAGAUGAUCAUGCAUCAUGUUAAACCAGAUCAAUUUACAUACAGUAGCUGUCUAUCUGCUUGUUCAAUCAGCGCUUCAUUCAAACUCGGGAAACAAAUACAUGCUCAUCUAGUUCGAAAUAACAUCAGAAUUAAUAAUAUUGUUGUUAAUGGUAUUAUUGACAUGUACUCAAAAUGUGGCAGCAUGGAAAAUGCCAAGACAAUAUUCCAUGUCAUGGGAGAUAAGCAAGAUGUGGUGAUUUGGAACACCAUGAUUGCUGCACUAGCUCACCAUGGUUAUGGUAUGGAAGCAAUUUUGUUGCUGAAAGAACUGCUAACAUCGGGGGUGAAACCAAACAGGGUCACUUUUGUUGUCAUUCUAAAUGCAUGCAGUCAUUCAGGUCUUGUGCAAGAAGGAAUUGAGUUUUUCAAUUCCAUGAAUCGUGAUCAUGCUUUAGUUCCAGACGAAGAACACUAUGCAUGUCUUAUUGAUCUUUUGGGGCGAGCUGGAUGUUUCAAUGAAUUGAUGAAGCAUCUUCAGAAGAUGGAUUGUAAACCAGGCGAACAUGUUUUGAAUGCGUUGCUUGGUGUGUGUAGAAUUCAUGGAAAUAUAGACAUAGGAAGAGAAGCAGCCGAACACCUUAUUGAAUUGGAGCCUAAAUCUUCUGCCGCCUAUGUUAUGCUUUCAAGUGUAUAUGCUGUACUUGGAAAAUGGGAAUUGGUGGAGAAAGUAAGACAGCUUAUGGAUGAGAGACGUGUGAAAAAAGAACUGGCCAUUAGUUGGAUUGAAAUUGACAAUGAGGUCCAUGCUUUUACUGUAUCUGAUAUAUCACACCCUCUGAAGGAAACCAUAUACUUAGUUUUGGGGCACUUGAGUAACCAGAUGGAAGACAAUGUCUCGUUACCAAAGAUUCCUUUGUGAAAGUCAGUGAUCUUUUUAAUCAGUAGGUCAUUUUCUGGAAGAAGAGUUCCCUUAACGUUAUUCUUUUCUUUAUUGAUACCAGAUUUUGUAGCACCAAACCUCACAUAGGUGAUAGGCCUUUGAUCGAGACACAAAUAAGUCUUCACAUUGACAUACUCAAAAGACCUUGCCUUUAGGGAAAAAGAGCGAGGGAUGGAGGGGAAGGGAAUUAAUGUAGGGAAGGCUUGUAGAUUUCACGAAAGCUGUUAUGCUUCCUUUUAUUCCCAAAUUUUUUGUGUAUUUUUCUUUCAAAUGAUGAGGUAAAUUUCAAGAAGUUAGUGCAUCAUUUUCCCCCCUUUCCCAGGAAAUAAACACUAGCUUAAGAGAGGUUGUAUUAGUUGGUAGCACCACAGGAUUUGCUAUUUUCAAACUGGAAUAGAAAUAUUUGACUGUUAUUACU